UUGUUGUUCGUGUCCUCUUUUUCAGCUCGAUUCGCCAUGUCCAAAAACUUGAAACUGUAUUGUGCGUGGUAUUGCCCAUUUGCACAGCGAGUAUCGAUAUCCCUGAAGGAGAAGGAGGUGGAGUAUGAGUAUAUUGAGACGGAUCCAGAAAAUAAAACACCAGAAUUUCUGGCAGUGAGCCCUAGAGGCCUGGUACCGUCCAUGGUGCAUAAUGGCAAGCCAGUGUACGAAUCCGGUGUUUGCGUGGAAUACAUUGACGAAGUUUGGAAGAAAGAGUACAGCAUUUUACCAGAGGACGCUUACGAUAGAGCGAUGUCAAGAAUCUGGGUGGAUUAUGUCUCCAAGAAGAUUGUUCCUCUCUUCUACACAGUUCUUCAAAAACAAGUGAAAGCAGAGCAGGAGGCGGCGAAAGAGAUCCUGCUGAAAAACUUGGAAACCCUCACACAAGCCAUGUCCAAAAAGGGCCCAUAUUUCAACGGUGAGCAAUUUGGGUACGUCGAUAUUAUGAUGGUGCCCUUUUUGAUUCGGUUCAGGCUGCUCACUCACUACCGUGGGUUUGAGAUACCAACCACUGGCGUGUUUACCCGACUGCAAAAGUGGAUGGAGGCAGCAUUUGCAAGAGAUUCCGUGAAGUCCAGUUUGCCUGAGUGGGAUCCACUGGUGAAGUUUUAUAAGAGCUAUGCAGACAACACUGCCACGUCUGAAGUAUCCACUUCUAUCAACUCCGGAGGGGCUAUUCCUUGAACGGAAGAAAUGCGUUAUGUUGUUGCGUCUUUUUUGAUGAGUGUUUAGUGUAUGUGUAUAUA